AUGGAGUGUAAAAGGGAGACAGGCAUAGAUAUCGAUAGAGUGCGUGCUGCAAUUUAUAAAUAUCGUUCAGCAAUAUGUGAAGCUUUUUCAAAUCAUCGAAUCGGACUUAAUAGCACAUUUUUUAAUGAUAAAAUAAUUAACAACGCACCUAUUAAAACGACUGGACCUUUUGCUGGAUACACAGCAUUGCAUAUAGCUUAUGUAAAUGCUGUUGCUGACGAUGGAUCUCAACCUAUUCACUUUGCGUGUUUAUUCGAGAUGCCUUUGGGACUUAUAGAUAUUUUGUUAGAAGCUGGUGCCAACGUUGAUGCUGAAAUAAGUCAAAAACUUUUUGUAAAAUACAUUAGAUGGAAAAGGUGGUACAACGCUUUUGGGAAUGAGAUGACUUUGCUAACUUUUUCAAUUUUAUAUGAUUUUAAUGAUUUGUUUGUGAUAAGAUUAAUCAAAGGCAAAGCCAAUUUGAAAGUUAAGAGUCUGGAGAAUAAAACACUGUUGAUGUAUGCCAUUGAUUUGGAGAAGAACACAAUCGCACGGUCACUCAUAGAAGAAGUAAAAGAUCAUGAAUGGAUAAACGCUUGUGAUAAUUGUGGUUAUCCUGCUACCCACUAUAGAUUAUAUCCAAAUAAUGUGGGAACUGAUCUAUACUUUGAUAGUGGUAGUGCAUUAAGAGAUGAUUCGACUAGCGCUGUUUUGAUUCGCGAAUUACUUGUCGCCGGUACUGAUGUUAACGCAACCAUAAAUAAUGAUCCAAGUACUCAAUUGAUCAAUAUAGCGGCUCGCAAAUGUUUUCCAGAAACACUGAGGCAAUUGUUGCCUUACCAUGACAAUACUUCAAAAUCAACGGCUUUGCAUUACUUAUUGCGUCCACUUAAAACUAGAAAGAGAGAAUCUAUUUCUUGUGGAAAAAUGACAUGUAUCGAGUUGAUUCUAAAAGACCUUCUUUAUAGACGUACAUUUGGUUUAUUCGUUCCUGAAGAUGAAAAAAUAUUGAUGGACAAGUUAAUUGCUGAAGACAUAUAUUUCAGGGAGCUAGGACAUAUCUACGAACAAAAUAUUAUUCAAGGGGAGUUAAAAGAAAAAGUGCUUAAGUAUGAUGUGGCUACUAGAGACCAUUCAGAAAACGACUCUUUGUUUAUCGCAGUGAUGAGCCACGGUGGCAAAAAUACAAUUUACGCCAAAGAUGAGGUGUACGAUUCGGAAAAAUUGUGGAGCGCAUUCACAAGCGAUAAAUGUCCGACAUUGACUGGAAAGCCAAAGCUGAUUUUUUAUCAAUGCUGUCGCGGCGACGAAAAGCACAAAGAGACCAUUGUAAAACCACCUAUUCAAUCCGAUUAA